UUCUUAUUGUCCCCACCCCUCCACCACCAAUUCCACACAACCCACAAUUCCAUGUGCAUUGGUGUGUGUUCUCUGCAAUUCCCUUUAACUUCUAAAGGAAGUUUCUUUUGUCAUCUCUUUUAGUUUGGGAUUUUCAAGAGGGUCUUCAGAGAUGCACUGAUACCCAUAUGAUUCUUCAAAACAAAGGGAUUGCUUUGAUGGUGUUUGAAUAAAUUCUUCAGUCAUCAUUUGCGGGCAUUCUGGCAUUGACAAAAAUGGUGUUACACCUCAAAACAGAACUAUCAAAGAAAACCCUUGUUUUCAAUCUUAAGGUGUGGGAAUUAAUAGGGAUCUUUGUGGGGGUAUUUACUGUAAUUCUCUUGGUAUUAUCUUUUUGCCUUGCUUCACGAAAGAAGUCCAGAAGGACUAAUGACAAACUUCCUAUUAGCCGAAUUCCAACUCUGUCGAAGGAAAUCAAAGAAAUAAGGGUUGAUCAAAAUUCGGCAAACAACUUUGUUCCUCAUGGUAGUGAUUUCCUUUUCCUUCUUGAAAAGUUCAGCGACAAAGAUAAGCUUUUGAUGAAGGCAAAUGUAGAUAGUAGCAGUCCAGGUUCAGAUAAUCAUUUAGAGGAGGACAGUGAUGAUUCAGGAGAGAAAGGGUGUCCCGGGACAAUUAAUGUGCGCAAACCUUCUCCUCUGACUGGUUUGCCUGAAAUUUCUCAUCUUGGUUGGGGUCAUUGGUUUACAUUGAGGGACUUAGAAAUUGCAACAAACAGAUUUUCAAAGAAAAAUGUUAUUGGUGAGGGUGGAUAUGGAGUUGUUUACUGGGGUCAUCUGAUCAAUGGGACUCCUGUGGCUGUUAAGAAGCUCCUCAACAACUUAGGGCAAGCAGGGAAGGAAUUCAUGGUAGAAGUUGAGGCUAUUGGACAUCUCCGACACAAGAACUUAGUUCGACUUCUGGGAUACUGUAUUGAAGGAACUCAUAGGAUGUUGGUUUAUGAGUAUGUCAGCAAUGGCAAUUUAGAGCAAUGGCUUCAUGGAGCUAUGCGUCAGCACGGAUAUCUUACUUGGGAGGCGCGCAUGAAGGUUCUUCUCGGCACUGCUAAGGCGCUUGCCUACUUGCACGAAGCGAUUGAGCCAAAAGUGGUGCAUCGGGACAUCAAGUCAAGCAACAUACUGAUCAAUGAUGACUUCAAUGCUAAAUUAUCUGAUUUUGGUCUGGCCAAGUUGCUUGGUGCUGGAAAGAGUCAUAUUACAACUAGAGUUAUGGGUACCUUUGGAUAUGUGGCUCCAGAAUACGCGAAUAGUGGCCUUUUAAAUGAGAAAAGUGAUGUCUAUAGUUUUGGGGUUGUCCUCUUGGAAGCAAUUACCGGAAGAGAUCCAGUGGACUAUGAUCGCGCUCCAGAUGAGGUAAAUCUGGUUGAUUGGCUUAAGAUGAUGGUUGGCAGCAGGCGCUCAGAAGAAGUGGUUGAUCCAACUAUUGAGAUCAGGCCGUCUACAAGUGACCUUAAACGCGCUCUCUUGACUGCUCUGAGAUGUGUUGAUCCUGAUGCUAAUAAAAGACCACAGAUGAGUCAAGUUGUACGCAUGCUUGAAUCCAAGGAAUAUCCCAUACCACGAGAGGAUCGAAGACGCCAAAGGAGUCGCACUAGGUCCAUAGAAGGUGCAACUCAGGGGGACAACUAUGAAACAGAUAAAGUGAAAAUUCAGAGAAGCACCGGGAGAGGACAAGCAGGCAAGUGAUUAUAGGAUUCGAGUGACAUGAGCUGGAAUGCCAGUCCCACAUUCUUCCCAUCUUCUGAUUAAAUAAGGAGAGUUCGUGACUCUUAUCAUGAGAGAGCUCUCUUGAUAGCAUUACUAUUUCUGUACCUCGGUUGGGAACAAGAGCAGGCAGUGAAUUACAAAGGAGGGUUCGAAUAUUUUUUCUUUUAGUUUCUUUUUCUUAUCUCUAGAGUGUGGAUAAAAGAUUAUUUAGCGACGAAAAAUGGCAUUAGCAUGAAGUACCCCUAUAGCUGGUGGUGUGUACAGGUCUUUUGCUCUUUAAGCUUUAUUUCUUUUUGGAUCAUAGGCCUAGGCGAUGACUAAUGAGUUGUUCCUGUUUUGUGAUUGCAUUUGAAAGAAUGAUUUCUGUGAAUAUUCAAAACUUUGGUUGUCAAAUUCAAGCCCAAUAUUGGGUAUUAGUACCAAACUAUAUCAAUCCAGUUAUUGCUUUA